GUAUGUACCUGUUCCUCAUUGUUUAAGAAAAUAUAGAACCUCAGACCAGCAACUUAAUGCGUGUAGAACCACUGUUGAAAACCCUCAUACGAUUUUUGGUAUGAUUAUUGGUGACUUAUUUGACUUGCAGUGUAGGUUGCUAGCAGAAAGGCAGAAAGCAUCUUUCCUCUUGCCCUUUAGUUUAGUACCAUCAUUUUUUUUAAUUUUAAAAGGAGAUAAUGUUUUUUGCAAGAUUUUAAAGUAUCAGUUUCUUUUUUAAACUGCUUGGCAAUUAUUUUUCAGUUAUUGUCAUGUGUAAAUAUCUUGAUUGCUGCAGGGAAAUUGAACUUAUACCUGUGUUAGCAACCAUACAUCACUAACCUUAUUGGUGUUGAAUUGAUUUUGGAGAAAUAUCAGAUGUGCCUUGGAAUUCUAUAGCUGAUGGCGGAUGUACCCAAGGCAUCUUGCAUUCGCCUUGAGCCAUUCAUACAUCAAGUUGGAGGACACUCCUCCAUGCUAUGUCUUGAUGAAGCAACAGUAUGCAAACCUCUGGUGAAAAGAGAAUUGCAGUUUUAUGAAACACUUCCGGAGGCUGUCAGUAAAUUUACGCCUCACUUCUAUGGAGUUAUUCAAGUUAAUGUGCAGACAGAGGAAGAAGAUUAUGUCACUUUAAAUGCAACUCCGCCAAAAUUUUAUAAGCCCAUCUCAUCAUCACCAACUCAGCGUGUGCGUCUCAGGAGGACUGGCAGUAUUGAAGUAAAUCAAGAUGAUCACAUUUUAUUUGAAGAGGAUUCGCUUGAUGGAGAAACUCAGCCAAACAACACAAGUCUUGCUCUCAAUCCCUGGGUUUUAAAAUGUCAUCGUGAUCAUCUCAGUGCUAUUAUAAAUACUGCAACCACACAAAAUUUCAUUCUGCUAGAAAAUGUUGCCUCUCAAUUUACAUUCCCUUGCAUAUUAGACCUUAAAAUGGGCACCCGCCAAUAUGGUGACGCAGAUACGUUAGCCAAAAAACAGAGUAAAAUGGUUAAAGUUGUUAGCACAACUUCAGCUAAGCUUGGUGUUCGUGUUGGAGGCAUGCAAGUGUAUCAAACAACCACUGGAAGGUUUCUGUGUAGAAAUAAAUUGUAUGGUCGAAGUUUGUCUGUAAAUGGAUUUAGUCAAGCACUGUGUAAAUUUCUACACAACGGGAAGAGAAUUCGUAAUGAUGUACUUCCGCCAUUAAUCAAAAGAUUAGAGGAAUUGCUUGAAGUCUUGCAUAGGCAAGAAGCUGUACGAUUUUAUACAGCAUCUCUCUUGUUGCUCUAUGAAGGACAGGAUCAGUUUGACAGCACUGAAUGUAAGGGAAGGGAAGAAAAUGUGCCAAGGAAAGCGAGUAUAUCCCACUUUAAAUUUGAAGAAGCAAUUGAGACUAAAUAUGAUAGUCCAUCUAAAAGUUCGUCUAGUGGUCCAGGAAAUAAUAAUAUCUCACCAUCUGCUCAAGACAUGGAGAGUAUUGUCAAUGCGUUUGAAGAGGAGCGCCAGCGAUCCGAGCGUAUGCGCCAUAGACGCAGCAGCAGUUGUGUCGCACUUAAUGAUAUCCUAGCAGGUAGUUCUAAUCUGUCUUUGCCAUCAUCUCCCAGCCCAUUACAAGCCUCUGUCCCUACAGAGCCUACUGUUGAUGUACGAAUAAUUGAUUUUGCACAUUCAACUCAUCAAGGCCUGGCUGACCCAGUCUCCUACACUGGACCUGAUUCAGGUUUCAUUUUUGGAUUAGAAAAUAUGAUAUCCAUCCUUAAAAAUAUAGAGAGAGAUAAUGGUUGAAAGGUAUUUAAGAUGGCAUUUUGAAGAAGUUUUGCACUUUAUUACCUCAUUAAUUUCUCCACUGAAUUCUAAAAUGCUUUCUGUGUGUGAUCUAGUGUUUAGAGGACAACUAUCCUCUUCAUACUGUAGUUGUGAUACAUAGCUGUAAUAGUUUUCGUUGUUUAGGAACUUUCUUUACAUUUUUUAUGGUCUGCAUGAUUUAUACAGGUGUACAUCAUACCUUCCUCCUCGUUCAUUUUAAAUUUACCAAUUUAUAAAGAAUGUAUAUAUUUCUGAUGUGGGUAAAGACCGGAAUUGGAUGCUGCUAAAUUAAUACUAAGAUUAUAUCACAUCACAAGUUGUUUGCAUCCCAAAUCAAAUUGUUGUUUUUUUAUUCCAGGUUUAUAUUGAGUGAAAACAACAUAUAUACUGUACUGGCUAAAUACUACUUAAUCUUAUACAAGCACCCAAUCUUGGACUUUACUCUUAACAUGUAUAUUUUCGCCCCUUCUUUUGGUUUUUGAUUAUACCGUUCUGGCUUAUAAUUUUCCUAAUGUGAUAUCCCUCUUUGUGGGUGUGCUUUUCUUCCAAGUUCAACCUUGUCUUACUCAGUCAACACUGAUGAUUGAGUUUUGAAAUUUAUUGAAGCAGACGUUUAACAUGCAGUGUGAUAGUACAAAUUUCAUUGCUUUGUCCUAACAUAUUUUUGUUUACAAUCUUAAGAUAACUUUCCAUGUAAUGAAAACUUUGUAUUAAUGCAUUGUUAUUUUUGACCAAAGAAUUGGAUUACGAGAAGCACAAGGGUUGAGUUGAGCACUUUUUUUUUUUUUUGAAAGGACAAUUAGAAUUUGCACUUUAAGCUAUUGUUUAUAUGUUGUUGUUUUCUUGUUAGUUUUUUUUUUAAAAAAAGAACAGUGAAAUAUUGUUGAUCUGACCUUAUUAUUUUAAUUGUGCCUUAUUGAUUAUGUUAGUGUAACAUUAUUGCUCAGUAGAUAACAGUUUAAGGCAAGAAAAUAGAUUGACAUGGACUAAGAUUAACUAACUAAUGUACUAACAACAUUCUAGGAACUUUUGAGUGUCAAUGUAAGUAAUUUUUUCUUUAAUUUUUGAACACUUAUGCAUUUAAAUUUUAGUGCACUUAUUGUGUUCAACGGAAAACCUAUUCAGUCCUGUCGCUGUUUCAUGUGAGGACUAGAAUUCUGUUGGUUGCUCAAAUUAGAGAAAUAACCUGCUUUGGGAUGAGUUACAGACUUCUCCCAAAAUUUUGAAAAUCUACACUAAUGCCAACCAUUUGUUUGUUUUCGACUGGUUUUAAAGUAAAACUGUCAAUUCACAAACCAGAAUACUGUAGUAAAGUUAUCAGCUCAAAAUAUGUUAAAUUUUACACUAGAUAUAUACAUAUUUUCUUCACGUCCUUGACCUUGAAGACCCGGGUAUAAGUCUAAGGGGGAAAUUUUUUUUAAAAUUUCAACAACUUUUCCCAUACUCAACAAGGUUUUUCCAUGAAGGUAUUUCAUAGAAAAAGUGAAUUGUCUUCAACAUUCCAAAAUAAACAAACAGACAAAUUUUUUCCUUGUUAGCAAUAAUGAUUUCAUUCUUUGUUGUAUGUACUAUGCUUCCUUUUUAUCCAAAUGGAGUAAAGUCUGGGUUAUCGAUAAUCAAAUAUUUUAGGACAUGAAAUUGGCAACAAACUCUUUGAUGGGUUCCACCUGGUUCCUCUCCUCCACAUCCAUGGCAAAACCUUUCUUUUAACUAUUUUGUUAUGCUAUGAAACAGUUUUCUAUGUCCUACCUAUAAUCUAAAUCACUGCCAUUAAGAAAAUUUUCUUGUAUACAAUUUCUUUUUCUUUAACAUCAAGGUGCACUUUAAUGCUAAUCUAUAUAUUCUCAGCUGUGAGUACAAAGAGUUUCCAAGCCUUGGAAGAGUGUUUCUGAAACCAAAGAAUCGUGUGUCCUCAAAGUUAAACAAGUUAUGUUUCACAUGUUACUGUUAUUGACCAGUGUUUUAUGAUUGUUGAUAUGUAAUUAAAAGUGAGCUGCCUGAUAGAAAGCAAAUUAAAACAUUUGUAAAAAGUU